AUGUCUGAUCUAUCUAGCUUAACCGAUUCAUCAGCAGAGUUGACACGGUCAAAAUUAUCAGAAAUCGAGGUAAGUAAAGAAGCCUCACCGGAAACCGAGGUAAGUGCACCUUCUGAAACCAAGCAAAGCACAGAACCCAAAACUCAUAAAACACUAACUCCUGAAUAUUUGGAGUGGGAAGCUGAAAUUACUGUAGCGCCAGGUAUUUCGAUAGAUGAGAUUCGUCCUAAGUUAUGUAAACGUUAUAAGGAAGAAACCGGCCUUGAUCCUUGGAUAAACUUUGAUUCUUCACAAAUAAUGACAAAUAUACAACCCAAAAUUAAUUUACCAGAAUUGGUGUGGCAACGAUUUGAAGUUCUUUGGGAUGCAUUCUACAAUUUAUCUAAGAAAAAUCGUAAAUUUCAGGAAAAAUGUAUCCUAAUAGCUCAAGUAUUACUUGGAGAAAAGCCGAUAAUUGAGUAUCUUGCAUUAGAAGUACAAGGGGCUCAGCAUCGGCUUCAUAGCACUAGCUGGUAUAAAGAUGUCAAAAAACUUGAGGAUGUUGUAAAUCGUGAUCGGAAAAAAAGAUGUAUAUGUCAAAAUAACGGAAUCUUCCUUCUUGAGAUAUGGUAUGAUGAAAAACCAGAAAUUGUUAUUCCAGAGAGGAUACAAAAAAUCAAGGGUUUUGUUAAUCAAGCGUUUAAAAUUUUCGACCUAUAA